AAUAAACAAUCAAUUAGGUAAGGAGAGAGUUGACUAAAGCCUUAAGUUUUAUAUAUUGUCAUUUGCCAGCAGCAGCAGACGCAAUAUCUUCAAGCACAUCAACUUUUAUAGAUCUUCAAAGGUUUUACUCUUGUUUCCUAAUUUUGAUCGAUCAUCAAAAAGAUGCCGCUUCUAAAAGGGUUCGAAAACCUUAAAAUGCAAUUGGAUUCUAUAAAAUCAGCAACCAACACAUUUUCAAAAGAGAAUCAAAUCGGCGGAGGAGGAUUUGGACCGGUGUUCAAAGGAGAACUCAGUUGGAAAGAGAAGACGAUGAUCACAGUGGCUGUAAAACGUUUAAAUCGUGAGUUUGGCCAAGGAGACCCUGAGUUUUUCAAGGAGAUCAUUAUGCUUUCAGCUUACAAACAUGAAAAUAUAAUAUCCCUCUUAGGGUAUUGUGAUGAGGAAGAAGAGAAGAUCCUAGUGUACGAAUAUGCAUCAAAGCAAAGUCUCGACAGACAUCUCCGCAGCAAGGAGUUAACGUGGGUCACACGCCUUCAAAUAUGCAUCGGGUCUGCCCGCGGGCUAGCAUACCUUCAUGAUCCUGCUGGGGGGCAUCAAAGACUAUUGCAUCGGGAUAUUAAAAGUGCCAACAUUUUAUUAGAUGAAAAUUGGAACGCAAAGAUCGCAGAUUUCGGUCUAUCCAAAAUGGGUCCAGCCAACCAGCAAAUCUCAUUUUAUAUCACCCACAACAUCAGUGUUGUAGGGACGCUUGGGUAUACAGAUCCGCAGUAUAUGGAGAGUGGGAUACUAACAAAGGAGUCGGACGUCUACUCCUUUGGUGUUGUUUUGUUUGAAGUUUUGUGUGGGAGGUUGUGUAUUACUGACCCUAAUGAUAGGUCUAAAUCUUUGACUAAUAUGGUACGAAGAUAUCACAGACGGGACAGGCUAAAUGAAAUGGUUUGGUCUCACACAAAAGAUGAAAUUCAUCCCAGUUCUCUUAAAUGCUUUUCAACAAUUGCCUAUCAGUGUUUGAACGGAGAAUACGAUACACGUCCAAUCAUGAAGAAGAUUGUGCGAGAACUUGAAACUAGCCUUGAAUAUCAAUCAGUCGCAGACUCGAAGUCGUCCUUAGUGAAAGAGUUUGAACAUCUCAGAAUUGGACUUGAUAUCAUAAAACUUGCCACCAAUAACUUUGGUGAAGACCACUUCAUUGCGGAAGGUGGAUCCGCAGGGAAGUUAUAUAGAGGAGAAUUUAAACACUCUAAGGGACAAGUCGUUUGCACUGUAAAGCGCUUGGAUUGUACAAAGGACGAUAUGGAUCUUUUGUUUUGGAGAGAGAUCAUGUUGUUGUCAAGUUAUAAACAUAAAAAUGUCCUCUCACUUAAAGGAUUUUGUGACGAGAGUGAGGAAAGAAUCAUUGUAUAUGACUUUGCAAUUCAUCAGCGUCUUGAUUUUCUCCUACUUGACCCCAAAUUCACAUGGAUCCAACGUCUCAAGGCAUGUCUUGAAGCCGCAUGUGGCUUGGAGUAUCUUCAUGAUGAUAAGGUUACCCAGAAAAGUGUCGUGCAUGGUCAUAUUAGAAGUGCCAACAUCUUGUUGGACAAAAAUUGGAACGCCUAUAUUACAAAUUUUGGCUUAUCCAGAUAUGGACAUGCCAAUGAAGAACACAAGCUCCUUUUCUCUGAUGACAAAAAUGCCACUCUUGGCUAUUUUGAUCCCAUAUAUAAAAAUACAGUGCAAUUAACAAAGGAAACGGAUGUCUACUCGUUCGGUGUGGUACUAUUCGAAGCUUUGUGCUCAAGGCCUUGUGUUGAUAAUAGUUAUAAGGAUGAGCGUCGAUCUCUACCAGUAUUAAUAAGGAAGAACUAUCAAGAGCAGAAAAUAGAUAGUGUUGUGGAUGAUAAUCUAAGGCGACAGAUUGACCAAAAUUGUUUUGAUACAUUCGUAGAACUUGCAUACAAGUGUUUGGAAAGUGAUAAGUCACGACACCCCUCAGCGAAUCUGGUCAUGAAGACGCUCAAAACUGCACUUGAAUAUCAAGAGGUCUUUGAAGCAAAAACAAAUCGCCUUUUGGAUUUCGAGGAAAUAUGUCCUCCAGGAGGAAGCGAUUUGGUAAUUUUGUACACAACAAGCGUCAAAGGCAUCCGAAAGACGUCCAAAGAUUGCUCGAGGGUUCACUCGUUACUUAAAAGUCUAAAGGUUUUAUACCAAGAAAGAGAUAUAGCGAUGUACUCGGAUUUCAGAGAUGAAUUGCAGAAUUUGGGAAAAUUAUCCGCACUACCUCGGCUGUUUAUAAAGGGUAGGUACAUUGGCGGAGCAGAUGAUAUUUUUCUGUUGCACGAGCAAGGAAAAUUCCAGCCACUGGUUCGUGAUAUACUAAACAAAUCUGAAGGGCCAUGCAAAAGGUGUGCUGGAGUUCGGUCUGUUGUCUGCCGUAAGUGUAAUGGUAGCAAUAUUUUGAAAUCUGUUGAAGGGGGCAGAACGAGGUGUACGGAAUGUAACAAAAAUGGGCUUAUCAAAUGCCCCAUUUGCUUCUAAAAAUAUUUAUUUUUAAUUUGGUCCGUGACAUGUGUGUUGUUGCCACUUGCCACUUGCCACUAUCAAGUGAUGAUAAAUGUGAUUCGAGUAUUUAUAUGUGUAUAUGUUAAUAUCCCAUAUUAUUGAUGGAUUACGGUCUCA